GGGGGGGAAGUACUCUGUGUACAAAUGAUCUCAUUACAAGUAAAUGUCAUGUAUUCAAAUGUUUUACUUUAAGUAAAAGUAUUAGCAUCAAAGUCCCAAAAGUAAAAGUACUCAUGCAGAAUAUCCCUUUUAUUUUUUUUAAUGAGAUUUUGUGACGUGGUUGCAGGUGUUAAUACUGUGUCCGGUCUCUGACCUCUUCGCACCCAGAGAAUGACAUGCACAGAUGUUACUGAGAAGAACACGUGCUGUGGUACUACCGGAGGAAGAGGCUCCGUGUGCCGGUGCUAUAGAAAGGAGCAGACUUUCUGCGGUCUGAACGGGUUGUUGCUGGACGACAUGCCGGUGAGCAGAGGGUCCUGCUGGGCGUUCUGAAGGCAGAACUGCUGCAGGUCUGCUGCGGCCUGUGACACCUGUGGAGGGGAACCAAAAACAAGUCCUGGAAAGUUAAACGCUGUUAUGUAACCAACCAGGUGGGAUAACAUCUGAACAACAAAUGAAACAACACGCCCUAAACUGAGUAACGUUAACGUCACCUUAACUCUGUGUAUGCCAGCUUCCUGGCGUAACCGUUGGACGACUUUCUUCAUCGCUACGAUGCUGGACGAUCCCGACAUUGUUACGGUUUCGUGGGACUGUAGUCUUUAUAAUGACGACUUUAAAAGUUUUACAAAAAAAAGUCACUUUUGGGUUCCAAAGCUUGGUUGUCAACUAUUUCUUCCUCAUCACAGAGUUUCUGGUUUUCUUUACAGGAGUGUCCACCAGUGCUGCCUUCACGGGGUGUUCUUAACAUGUUUUCUUGUACCGUCGACUGUUUAUUUUAGAUGGAAAUUACACCAUAUGGGAAUACGUACAUGUUAAUGAAAGCUAAUUAAUUUAAAUUAGUAAAUUGUUUUUUAUGUAGUUUAUGUUGUAUGAACGCUCUAACUCUAAUACCAAAAACACGAAUGAGAUUUAGGGGAGAAUAAACAAUUUCUCAGUAAGAUUCAUAAUUACAACAACUUCCAGGGUGCGCGAAUGCAGCAUCAGACCAAUAGAAAUCGCGACCUCUAGUGGUAAUAAAGUGUUAUCACACUUAGACAUAAAAACCAGAAAUACUGUACAAAGAAAAACUUCAGACAUUUCUCGACAUAACCUGAAUGUUUUCAAUGUAAUGUGUCACGUUUAAGAAGUAACUUUUUUUUAAAUUUUUUUUGCUAAAUCUAUAAUACAAUCUAAAAACAAAAUAUAGCUUCCUAGUAAAAAGGAAAUUAAACCAUAUCGCAUGUCGCCUUUGCUGGAUGAAUAACGUAAUAUAAAAUAGCGAGAUUGCUCUGCCAGCAUUCACCCAUUGAAUUCCAAUUUACAUUAAACUGAAAACUGAAUUUACCUGCACAACGGAUUCAAAUUUAAGGACAGUGUCAGGUGACGACAAAUUGGAUUAGCUGCUUCUCUCUGCAGUAAUUGUCAUCAUCAGCACCAGAGCAACCAGCGCUGGAACUCUCAUAAAAUAAACUCCACUGGGAGACUGUCUGGGUUUGAUUGCACCAAAUUGUUACCGAGCAGUUCACGCCUUCACUUCCCAAUAAACGAGGCUUCCUGCGAACAAACCUAACAGAAAUCUACCCUCUUAAAGUGUUUCUCUGCUUCUCCUGGGAAUGGUAAUGGAGCUGUCUUGUGAGUCAAAGAGAAAUCCUGAGGACAGAAGACCGGCCAGUUGCAAGUUUGUGGAGCUCCAUGUGCUGUAUGUUCCAGAAGACCAGUGGAACGUGAAGCUCAAUAAAGUCCCUGCUGCAGCCAUAGAGAGCUUCAUAUCUGCUGGCUUCAUCAGGGUUUAUCCUGAUAGCACCCUGAAAACUCUGAGGAGCGAGCUGGGAGCUCUUCUUGGCGCUGAGAGGCACAUCGAAAAAUUUUCCUUCCUCAAAUGUGUGGGCCGCAGUUUGGCUCUGGUCAAGAGCAAACAGGAGAAGGAUCUGAAAGUGAAAACGUUCGCUCCACCGUAUGCCCCACAGCCAGAGCUUUACCUGCUGCCCACUGUGGAGAUCGACAGCAGUGUUUGCUCCCAGUCGCUCAACCCAGACACCAGCAGCAGCUCCCCAGACCACCAGACCUAUUACCCCCCUCCCAAGACAUGCAGCCUGCCAGCAGGAACAAAAGAGCCUGUUAAAUUUCCCCUCAUCCCCCAGUGUUCCCAUCAGCCACCUCCCACUCCCACUCUGGAAGAGGAGGAGGAGGAAGAUGAGGAGCAGAGCUCUAGUUCUUCAGAGGCAGAAGGAGAAAAUGAAGAGGAGGGUCUCUCUUCCAACAAGUUAGAGUGGGCAGAGCAGGAAUGUUGCCCGAGGAAGCCGCAUAAUCAAAGGGCAACACAGCUUGUUUCACAGAAUAAAGGCAAAAUUACAGCUUUACAACGAUGUGAAGCUGAUUCAGCUCAGGUGAAGGAGUUGCCAGAGAACAAAGAAACCUGCAAAAAGAACAAACAGUACCACCGACAGAAGAGAACGGCCAGAAAUUCAGGAGUCACCAAGUCUCUGGAGGACAGAGAUUCAGGCUGCUCGCUCACAGACGGGCUCGGCAAAUCAAAAGAUGUACAUGUAUUGAAGUCCAACAGGACUAAACCAACAAGUGGGGUGACAGAAAGUCCAGUUGGGUUGCCUCGGUGUGUUGGGCUCACCUCUCCACCUCCAAGUCGAGCCUUCACUGUGGUCACUCAAAAAACGACUGCCUCUCUCGCCUUUCAGACAAACAGAGAGGAACUGAUCGAGGAAAUCAAGCUGGUGAGGGAGGAGAGAAAGCAGCUGGAGUGGACAAGGCAAGAGUUGCUAAGAAAGGGGAAAGAUUUGUUGGCUCAAAACAGACAUCGCAGGAACCAAGCACGUGACAGUUGGAAGAAGAAAUAUUUUGAGACCAAGAAGGCCACAGCACCAUUGGAGGAAAAUCUGAGAAACGUACGACAAGAGUUGGAAACAUUUUACAACAAACUCUUGCAUCAGCUCCAGGCCAGAGAUAACAGAGGGAAGCCAAGACGACAGGGCAGAUCUUCCAUAAAGAAUGAGCUCAUCAUUCAGAUCAUGACAGAGAGCCAUGAGAUUGACAACCUGAAGAGGAAGGUAGAGGAUGCGAAGAUGAAGCUGGUAACAGAGAUAAAGUUGAGGAAACAGGCUGCCACAGAGCUGAGGGCCCUGAAGGCUGAGCUGGCCCAGAAGAAGAGUCAGGCCUCUCAUCCUGGUCGCAUGUCAUCGCUGGUCUUUGGAAAGACCACACGGGACAGACCACAAGUUCAAAGCACCUCCAUCUAAUUCAGUACAUACAGACUGUGAAAAAAUCCUUUGGUGGGACAGCAGUUGAUAUUGAUUUGUUUGAUUUUCUGAGUUUCGUAUUUUUGUACUUUUAUUUUUCCAUUUUUUGUUAUUACUUCAUGCAAAUGUGUUCUGAAUUUCUGAGGUGCUGUAAGCUGAGAGACCCACAGACCCGUUUUUGUCAAUUUUUUAAGGGGGGAUUUUUAGGGUGAGAUAGCAGGUCAACAGGGUAUGACACACAGAAUAGCUUGAAGAUUAAUUUGAGCUGCUCAGGAGUGUGUGUCAAGUUGUUAUAGUCAUAACUACAAAAUUAAAAAUAAUAAAAUUAAAUAAUUCAAAUACAUUGUGUCAGUGUAAAAGGGCUAAGAAUAUUAUGAUGGGAGGUCUGAUGGCCGUCCCCAUGCUAUGAUGCCAUUAUUACACAGAUUUGGUGCUAAAUUUCACAAUUUCUUUCCACUGGAUAAUAAUAAAAAUGAUCAAAGAUGCCUCCAAAAUACCACAUUAAGACACCAAGACCUUGAGGAACACCAUAGAAAAAGUCAUGCUUUAAAAUGUUAAACAUGUUUUAAUUAUCAAAAGAAUCAAUAGCUCAAAAUGUGUCAAUCAAAAAACUGUUUAUGUCACUUUAAAGAUUGGUUGUCUUACCAUCCAAGAAUCAGUUGUUUCAGUUUGCACAGAGUAAUGUCAGAGACGUAACUACAUUCAAUGACAACAGCAAUAAAAGCCCUAAUAAACACUUGCGUGCGAGUAUGCAUCCCUGACCAUAAAGAAGCCACACCCCAUUACUGCUACAAAGGGAUCUAUUGACUUAGCAACAAACAGGACGGGUGAGGUACAUUUCUGCAGCAGUGUCGAGUGUAUCCCAGCUAGCAUCCUAAGAGUGCAUUCCACAUCACUGCAGUCUGCUGCUUGGCAACCGGUUCAUCACUGUAGUCCAAGAUGUUGCCAUUCCACAUACCAAUGCCCCUCAAACCUUUAGAUUUCACUGACUCCGCCUUGGGACAGAGACUCUGUGGGUCAUCGUACCAAACCUGAUGAAUCUGUCCUUUCUGGUCCUGAGGAAAAACAGGAAUCCUAAAGUUAAAUGUGAUACAUUCUGAGACCCUUUCCAUACAUUUAAGACCUCAUCGCCACUUUGAGUUAAUACCGGUUACAUCAGUGACACACUUUACCUUUACUUUACAUUGAUUGCGAUUACUCCUUGGACUACUGUAUCAAUGCAACUAAAUUCAUAGACGGUAUGGGAACAAAGCACAAGAGAAUGAACCGAGUGACUAACCCAAUGCAAGAUUUAUUAGAAAGAGUAAUACCAGUUAUACACAAAAGCUGAAAACACACAUUCAUACUUGUAGGACUGUUAUUUCACCUAUGAGCGUUGAACUUUGAUAAACAGUAAUGACAACUUAGAGAAUGUGAAUGGUUGCAUAGCAUGUCUGGUAUGUCAUAAAAAAAGUCAUACAAAAUUAUUA